ACAAAGACAACGAUCACUUCACACUCAGCGUAUGAGGAGAAAGCUUGUAUGAGCCAUUUCCUGAUUUUACCAUCUAAGACAAAGCAAGAACUUAAGAUGGCAAAAAGAAGAGAAGCUGGGACCUCCAGAGAAACCAGACGGAGACGCUGGUGGCAUCUGAGACGGAGAUGGAGGAUGCUGGGAGUUUUUGAGAUUAACGUGGAGCACGAGUUCUACCACCUCACUGCCAAAAUAAAAGAAGGCAUGCAAGCAGCUCUUCAGACCUCCAUGGACUCACCUCUACAGGAAAUACUCGCAGUGGAACAUUUCAAGGCCGAGGAAACUCACAAACACAAGGGUUUUGAGAUGCAGACUUUUGCAGCACCUGUGUUUGCUAAACUAAGACAUACACUGGACAUCACCGAAGAAGAAUACAUGAACUCCCUCUGCUCAGAUGGCUUUUACCUUCAGUUUGUCAGCAACUCCAAGAGUAAGGCCGACUUCUUUGUCACGAAUGACAAGAGAUACUUCCUGAAGACGCAGAGCAGGAGAGAGGUUGAAUUUCUGCUGUCCAACUUGCAGGCAUACAUGGACCAUCUGGAAAAAUACCCUCAUUCGCUGCUGGUCAGAUUUCUUGGUGUCCACAGGAUUAUUAUCCCAGAUGAAGUCAAGAAGUAUUUCAUUGUGAUGCAGAGUGUGUUCUAUCCUGAUGAGAGGAUCGAUAUUAGAUACGACAUUAAAGGUUGUGAAGUGGGUCGCUGGACAAACCCCGACACAGGAGGGAAACAGAUGAUCAAAGUGCUGAAGGACAACAACUUUGAGGGCCAGUACAUUGCAUUAGAUCAGGAGAAAUCUUGGUUCAACAGACAAGUGAAUGUAGACACUGUGUUCCUGAAGGAGCUGAAUGUUCUGGACUACAGCCUCCUGCUGGCUCAUCAGCCUCUGCACAAAGACGAGCUUGAUGGGAAACACUCUCUGGCUAACCUCGUUGUUCGCACCACAAAGUCUUUUGACUUCGAUGACAGUCCCAAGGACGCAGACCCCCCCACUGUCCCAUUACUGGAAGGGAGAGGGGCCCAGGGGGCUCCAGCUGCUGCAGACAGUGAGAGUGAGCAGCCCCAGGAAGCUGCAGCAGGUUCAGGAGAGGAGAUCCCGCUCCAGGAUAUGAGCAUCUCAGUGCGUCAAAACAGGAGCAACUCAGAACUCAAGGACUUCCUGGAGCAUCACCGCAGGCUGCUGCCAAACUGUAAAAACGCUGUUCAUGUGAUUGACGGGCCAGGUCGACGCCAUUUUGUGGGCAUCAUAGACAUUUUUACGGUCUACAGCUGGAAGAAAAAACUGGAGCAUCUGUGGAAGAGUCUCCGCUACCCAGGCAGAGCCUUUUCCACCGUCAGCCCCGACCAAUACUCCAGAAGGUUCUGUCAGUGGAUACAGGAUCACACCCGCUGACAAAAAAGCCCAAAACACCGAGAUGU